AUGCCGCUCUGUCUCACCUUCAUCAGCUUGAAGAAGGCCUUCGACUCACUUGGAUUGGAAGCGGUUGUGGAAGCCUUCGACAAUCAAGGCGUCCUUACUCAGUACCUAAGGCAUUUCUGGAGUUGUACGUGCAGGCACUGGGUCGCUUUUGGUCACUGCUUAGCUCCUUACACGCCUUCUGUAGACGGGUCCGUAACCUCGCAACUAACCCGCUGUGUUCUCCUCAGUGGAGGAGAACCGUGGACUACCGCGUGGUAUAAAUAUCGGCAAAACUAUUCCCUUUGCUGUUUACUGCUUUCAACAUUUUCUAUUGGUUCUACUAUAUUGGCAUGUCAGGAGGAAUUUUUUAGUCUUUCCACUUUUUUCUACAACGUUGUUCUUCUAAGCACUGUGUAUAGUGGCAACAACUCUGUGCACAAUGUAUGGAUCACUUGUCGGACCUUCUUAAGAAUCUUUAUCGCAUAUUCUUUUUUUUUUUGA